AAUUCUAAAUCAUGUUUCUUUAUUUUUCUUUAUUUUUCAUAAUUUUUUUUUUUUUUAAUCCUCAUGAUGAGGAACUAGCCCUGUCUGUUGAGUUAACCCCAAUAAAGGACACAAUUUGAAAACAGUUUCAGCAAUGCCCCGCUCCUUCCUCGUGAGAUGCAAGAAGAGCAGCGUGCACCAGAGUGUGAGAUACAUGGAGGAGGGAGACUCUCACACCGACGCUGCCAGCCGUCACGUUGAAGAUCUUAGCAGAAUACAUGGCUAUUUGAAUCCAGCCGAAGCUGUUCCCUUUAAAGAAUUAAAGGGCAGUGCUGCAGCUCCGGCAACCCAGGAAUUAAAGUCCUCCUACAGAAAUCCCUCUGGGUCAGACGGUGUCUUUGAGGAGCCGAAGGAGGGUCCGGCUAUUCCUGCCAGCCCUCGGGAGGGGCUGCUCCACACGGGCUCCAGGACAGGCCAGGGCUGGAGGCUGCCUACCUCGCCAGAUAAGCCCUGUCUGCCGGGUGAACCCUCGUCUCCUGCCCUGGGCCUCUCGUUCGGACCGUACUGCUGGCCCGACUGCCCGGAGUGUGAUCUGAAGGUGCUGGUCCAGUCGCUGCUCUCUCCAGGUUUGGAUCUGAGCCGGGCCGAGGGAGAGGGUUCGAGAGAGAGCUCCAGGACCCUGCUCUGCGCCCAGCUGCUGCACUGCAGAGCCCCAUACAAGUGUCCCGUCUGCAGCAAGGUCUUCUCUUCCUCACCUGGCUUGGAGACUCACCUGAGGAGGUCACAUGGCAGCAGGGUGGCUUUCCCAUUGGCCGGCUAUGGGAAGGCAGGUGGGCACUCUGUCAGCCUGCUCCCCGAGAGAGGGGUGCGCUGCGAGGUUAAGGAGCGUAGUUUCGGCUGCACGGUGUGUGGGAAGACGUUCAAGCGCUCGUCCACCCUGUCAACGCACCUCCUCAUCCACUCCGAUACCAGACCCUACCCCUGUCAACACUGCGGCAAGCGCUUCCACCAGAAAUCCGACAUGAAGAAGCACACGUUCAUCCACACAGGAGAGAAGCCCCACAAGUGUCAGGUGUGUGGGAAAUCAUUCAGUCAGAGCUCCAACCUGAUCACCCACAGCCGCAAGCACACAGGAUUCAAACCCUUCACCUGCCCCACCUGCAGCAAGGGCUUCCAGCGGAAGGUGGACCUGAGGAGACACCAGGAGAUCCAUGGGGUCUACACCCUGCCCAGUGAGAACUGAACCCAACCUUAACCCACACUCCCAAACCCAAACCCCAGCUCUACUGCACUGAUCUGAACUGUGAACUCAGCAGGGCUCCCAGCGCAAGGUGGACCCGAGGAGACACCUGGCGAUCCAUGGGGUCCACACUUCCAAACUCAAACCCUAAUGCACUGAUCACUGUGAUCCCCCAUUGUGGAGAGGACAGAGCUAUCAGAAAGUCUGUCAAUCUGGACCUGGGUAAUUUAAGAAACUGGAAGGAUCUGGAACGAAAGCAAAUGAUUUUCAAGCCAAGGUUCGGACGUUGGCAAUUUUGAGAAGUUCUUAUUUGUUUUUUUUUGUUUUGUUUUUGGAAACAAGCCUCAGGGAAUCACUGGACCUUUAUCUGCCUGACCAAAAGCUCUUCCACCUCCCCUCCUGUACCCUCCCCAGCUCAAUGAGGGGUAAGAGAGAGUUGAGCCGCAGCUGCUCUUGUACUCAGCUUCGGUGUACACAGGAGUCCUGCACUGAACACUCUCCCACUUGAGCAGACACACGCAAAUCUUUUCUAUACCAAAGAAUCAGAAGGCAGCUGGGUCAGACCUAUUUAUUUUUCCACAGUAGCCUGCCCUCUAGUGGCCAAGGCUUCUAAUCACACUGCCAGUCAGGCUCCUUUGCAUUAGUUAAAUAAUUGAAGUUAAUGUUUUGAGGGAUACACAGAUUUAAUUUAAGCAAUAUGUAUUUUUAAAAUGCAUGCAUUAUUUUUGUAAAGUUACUUUUGGUUACAGGGCAGCAUUGUGUCUAAAUGAGAUUUGUUUUGUGUAUAUCGAGAUUUAAAUAUAACUCGAAUGCGUUUGUAUAUAAGUUCUGUACAUUAUUUUUUUUCCAUUAGUGUUUGUUUGUUUGUAUUUGUGCAAUUGAUGUGUUAAGAAAGCCGACUCAGAAACCUGGCUCUGUU